AUGGCUGACAGCCACGAGUUUGUCCCGGCAACUGCCGAGCAGGUGGCGAGCAUCAGGAGUCAGCUGGGGACCAACGAGGAAGACAUCCGUCAGGCCGUCGCAUCGCUGCGUGACUGGCUCAGGAUGCAGCCCCAUCUGCCGGACCACAUAGACGACGCGCGCAUCGAACGGACGUACAUCGACUGCAAGUGUAGCAGAGAACGGGUUAAGUUGGCGUUAGACGCCUAUUUCUCACUAAGGAACAAGUUUCCUGAGAUACUAAUGAACAGGGAUCCGAUGGGACCUGAGGUUUCGUACACCAUGCAGCAUCUCAAGCUGGUGACAAUGCCGCGACUCACCAAGGACUUGCAGCGAGUGCACAUAAUGGCAGGCGUCGACCCGGACCCGUCGGCGAUCUCGUGCGUGAAGUACGCGAAAGUGCUCAUGAUGCAGCUGGACAUGAUGUACUUGGAUGACUACUCCCUCGGUGACGUCGUCAUCUGCGACCUGAACGGCGUCACCGUCGGCCACCUCCUCAGGAUCGACAUCAACGUCGUCCGCGCUCUCGAAUUUUGCUACAAGCAUAUGUUAUUUGUAAGCCAACAUGUUUCACGUGAAUUAAUAAGGAAAUGGUAG